AUGGCGCCCAACGACAAAGCAGGCAGAGUUGUUUUCAUCGGCAACAUUCCCUACGGCGGCACUGAAGAGCUCAUCAUCGAAACCCUCGGGCGCGUCGGACAGGUCCUCAACUUUCGCUUGGUAUACGACAAGGAAACAGGGCGCCCCAAGGGCUUUGGGUUCGCAGAGUUCGCCGACGCUGACGCCGCAGCCUCGGCCGUGCGUAACCUCAACGACUUCGAUUUGAUGGGCAGGAAGCUGAGGGUCGACUGGUCCAACGAAAGCGGCUCCGGCGACAACGCGCCUUCCAAUCGCGACCAGACCACACAACCAGCCAUGGGCGUGAACGGCCAACAACCAGCAGCACCAGCACCGGCGCAACCGUCGAGCGCGCUGGGUCCUCUUCCACCAGGCGUCGAGCUGCCGCCCAACCUCACCUGUCCCGAUGCCAUCUCGCGCACGCUCUCCACGCUCCCUCCCGAUCAGCUCCUCGACAUCCUCUCACAGAUGAAAGGCCUCGUCAUGACGGAUCCCGCCAAGGCGACGGAGCUGCUGCGACAAGCGCCCCAGCUGGCCUAUGCCAUCUUUCAGUCGCUGCUGCUCCUCCAGCUGGUCGACCCACAAAUCCUGACCUCGCUUGUGGAGACAUCGGCCGCGCCUGCCCCA